AUGGAACGAGGCAAUGAUACACAAAUUUCAGAAUUUCUUCUUCUGGGAUUUUCAGAGGAUCCACAACUACAGCCCAUCAUAUUUGGGCUUUUCCUCUCUAUGUACCUGAUCACUGUUUUUGGAAACCUGCUCAUCAUCUUGGCCAUCACUUCAGACUCUCACCUGCACACCCCCAUGUACUUCUUCCUCUCCAACCUGUCCUUUGUAGACAUCUGUUUCACUUCCACCACCAUUCCAAAGAUGCUGUGGAACAUCCAAACACAGAGGAAAGUUAUCACCUAUGAAGGCUGCAUCACACAGAUUUAUUUUCUCAUCCUCUUUGCAGUGUUGGACAUUUUUCUCCUGACUGUGAUGGCCUAUGACCGCUUUGUGGCCAUCUGCCAUCCGCUGCAUUACACUGUCAUCAUGAACCCAAGACUUUGUGGACUGCUGGUGUUGAUGUCCUGGAUCAUAAAUAUUCUUAAUUCCUCAUUACAAAGCUUAAUGAUGCUGCAACUGUCCUUCUGCACAAACAUUGAAAUUCCCCACUUUUUCUGUGAACUCAAUCAUAUGGUCCAACUUGCCUGUUCUGACACAUUUCUUAAUAACAUAGUGAUGUAUUUUGCAGCUGUCCUGCUGGGUGGUGGUCCCUUUGCUGGUAUCCUUUACUCUUAUUCUAAGAUAGUCUCCUCUAUAUGCAGAAUCUCAUCUGCUCAGGGGAAAUAUAAAGCAUUUUCCACCUGUGCAUCUCACCUCACCAUUGUCUCCUUAUUUUAUUGUACGAUGCUUGGAGUGUACCUUAGCUCUGCAGCUACCCACAAUGCACACUCAAGUGCAACAGCCUCGGUAAUGUACACAGUCAUCACACCCAUGCUGAACCCCUUCAUCUACAGCCUGAGGAAUAAAGACAUGAAGAGGGCUCUGAAAGUAUUCUUUGUGAGAGGUACUGUAUAA